UUUGAAUUCAUACGACACAAAAGUUAGAAUCACAACAAAAUAUUUUCUGACAAUUAAAGACUUCAAAUUAUUAUAAGAUAAGAUAUGGGAAUUGGGGAAAUAUGGUCAAACCUAGGCUCAAUUAUGGCUAGCAUAAUGUUUGUAUAUACCAUGUAUGAGAAAUUCUUCCCACCUCAAAUUCGUAGAUAUGUUGGAAAAUAUACUCACAAAUUCACAUACCUCAUGUACCCUUACAUAAAAAUAAAUUUCUAUGAAUUAUCCGGAGAGCGCCUCCAACGCAAUGAAACAUACACAGUCAUCCAAACAUAUCUCAGCGCUAACUCGUCACAAAGAGCUAAAAGGCUUAAAGCCGAAGUUGUCAAAGAUAGCCAAAACCCACUUGUCCUAAGCAUGGAAAACAAUCAAGAGAUCACAGAUGAGUUCAAUGGAGUCAAAGUUUGGUGGUUCGCAAAUCACACCCCGGCUAGAACACAAUCAUUUUCGGUCUACUCUACUUCAGAUGAGAAAAGAUUCUUAACACUGACAUUCCAUAAAAGAGAUCGAGAUCUCGUCACCACCUCUUACAUCCGACAUGUGUUGGAAAAAGGAAAGGCUAUUACAAUGAAGAAUAGACGGUUAAAGCUUUACACAAACAAUCCAAGCAAUGAUUGGAUGAGGUAUAGAAGCACAAAAUGGAGUCACACAACUUUUGAGCACCCUGCAAGUAUUGAAACACUUGCCAUGGAAACAAAGAAGAAAGAAGAGAUCAUAAAUGAUCUUCUUAAGUUCAAAAAAGGGAAAGAGUAUUAUGCUAAAGUUGGAAAGGCAUGGAAGCGUGGUUAUCUACUUUUUGGUCCACCUGGAACAGGAAAAUCAACCAUGAUAUCUGCUAUUGCUAAUUUCAUGAACUACGAUGUGUAUGAUCUUGAAUUAACAAUUGUUAAGGAUAACAAUGAGUUGAAAAGGCUUUUGAUUGAGACAUCAAGCAAAUCAAUUAUAGUAAUUGAAGAUAUAGAUUGUUCUCUCGAUCUCACUGGCCAAAGGAAGAAGAAAAGUGAGAUAGAUAAUGAUGAGAAUGAGGAAGACAAGAAUCCUAUAAUUAAACGUAAAGAAGAAGAGAAAAAGGAAAGUAAGGUAACUCUCUCUGGUUUGUUGAAUUUUAUUGAUGGAAUUUGGUCGGCAUGUGGCGGGGAGAGGAUCAUAAUUUUCACAACUAACUUUGUGGACAAACUUGACCCAGCUCUCAUUAGGAGGGGAAGGAUGGAUAAACACAUAGAGAUGUCCUAUUGUGGCUAUGAAGCUUUCAAGGUGCUUGCAAAGAACUACUUAGAUGUAGAGUCUCACGAUGAUUUGUUUCCGAUUAUUGAAAAGUUGUUGGGAGAGACUAAUAUGACACCUGCGGAUGUUGCUGAGAAUUUGAUGCCGAAGUCAAUCACUGAAGAUUUUGAGACUUGCUUGAAGAAUUUGAUACAAUCUCUUGAGAUUGCAAAGAAAAUUGCAGAGGAGGAAGAAAAGAAAAAAAUUGAGGACGAGGAAGCAAAACUAAACACAAAAAAACAGGAAUUUGUUCAAGAGGAAGAAAAUUUGAAGACUAUUGAAAAUUCUAAGGAAAAUGUUAAGGAGAAUGGUUUCAGCCAUUAACUUGGACUGUGUAAUAUUAAUAAUGUUUUGAAACUUUUUAAUAAAACCAUAUGAAUUAUGUAUUAUGUUGUUCAUAUUUGUACUCUUGCACAUUUUUGGGGCACAUCACAUAGUUGAGAGGAUCAUGAUGGCCUA